UUAUUCUCGGGAUUAUUUCGAUCUCGACCAAACGUGCAUUUAAUCUCCCAAUACAACUGAAAUUCAUAGCAUAAUAAGAAGAAGAAGCAUUGCCAGGAGAGUUUAAAAGAACUUCCCAAUGGUCGUAACAACUCGUACCAUCUCCCUGAAAUCAGUGUCUCUCCGGCGAUUAAUUCCGAUGACCUCCAUCGUUUCUAAAGAUGUCGAAAUAAUUGAAGCUGCGAAACGGGAAGGGACACGCGAUGCAGGCCGAUCGAAGAUCGUCCAGGCAUAGGGACUACAGGGUGGAAAUGGUCAUACGAGCUAGUGGAGGCCAAGGCGGAUGGAAAAGUGGGUCGACCGGCAGGACAAUAAACCGAUAGGCCCCUGCAUUGUUUCCAAGCCACGUGGUGGUGACUACACCGCGAGAUGCCAGUGCGUCAGUUGUGGCUGCAUAUUGAUCUCGUAAGUUUCCACUCGGUGGCGACCUCCUCUGCGUGCGCACCCUUUUCACUUUGGUUAUUUACCAAGCACCCUUAGACAGAGUCAGGAGAACCUUGGAGAACGUGUAAAUGGUGAGAAGGAAGUCAACGGUGGAUAGGUAACAACAAAGUCAAAUCGGGGUGGACCGAUUUUGAUAAGGUGCGUGUCGAAAGACCAGGAAAAUUCGAUUUGGGGAGUUUAAACAAUAGAAAACGAAGAAUAGAGGAAAGUAGAUAGAACAAAAGUUGACAUCUGAUAAGAUAGAUAGAGGAAGAUAUAGAAAACGACCCCAAGACAUAGAGACAAGUACAUAAAUAGAAAUAUAGAGUGUUAGAAAAACGAAGAUUCCGUUUUUUAUCAGAGAUAAAAGAGAAUCAGAGGAGGUGAAGAAGGUGAAAAGAAGACUGUUUGCCAGUAGAAGCAAACGAAGGAGAGGAAAAGCAACGUAACUCCAAUGUAUUACGGUCCCCCUCGCGUGAACGAAUCCACGGAAAUAUGUCAUUACCACGAGAAUGGAGCCUGCAGGAUUCGGUUGAGCGUGACGCUGUCGCACAGGCGACAGCGUCGCAGGAGAUGGUCGGCACCACUGUCAUCGACGAGAAUAUGAAUCAACAAAAUCAACUGGGCUCCCUUUUGUCGAUACAUUCGGCGCCCGUCUUCGAUUUGAGCACAGGUGUACCCUCGCCAAAAAGGCCAGCCUCGUUGGCCGUCCAGGCGACAGCAACUUCAACACCGGUCGUGCCACCGCAUCUUCAGAGUCCAGAGACGAUCGAGGACGAGGAUAACGAUAAUCUCCUGACCAUAUCGAGUCUCACGGCUAGGCCAUUGAUUGCCAAGUCUCAUGAACUUCGAUCGAGCAUAACUUCUAGUACCAAGAAAAAAAAACCUAAGUGCGAAACAAAAAAAUCGAGAAAUAUCAAGUAUGUUCCAUUAGAUGGUGGUUAUGGGUGGGUGAUCGUUUGCGGAGCAUUUUUCGUUCAGUUCUGGGUGACUGGGCUGAUGAAAUCUUACGGGGUGCUAUACGUUGAGGUGAUGGAAACGUUUAAGGAUGCCACAGCUUCGGUCGCUUCUUGGAUACCCGCUAUCUUGUCUUGUCUUUGUCUCGCGCUUGCUCCAGUGACGAGCAUGCUGUGCCAGAAGUAUAGUUGUCGGGCUGUCGUUUUCAUCGGUGGAUUGUUCUGUGCUUUAGGAUUAACGAUAAGUUACUUUGCAACAAAGUUGAUACAUCUCUUUUUUACAUUUGGAGUUCUGACAGGCAUUGGCAGCGGUCUGUCGACAACACCAGGUAUCAUCCUCGUCUCACAAUACUUCGAUAAGCAUCGUGCGCUAGCAAAUGGAAUAUGCGUAUCUGGUACAGCAGCUGGCAGUUUCGUGUUUCCGCUUUUGAUCAAGGUUCUCGUGGAUAAUUUUGGUUUCCAUGGUACCAUCCUUUUACUUGGUGGUUGUAUGCUUCACGUGUGCGUCAGCGCAACCCUAUACCGGCCACUGGAGAACAAUUACGCCCCAGAAGACACAGAGAUACCGGAAAAGGCGGAAAAGGUCGAGAGCACAGCAAAGGAAUUAGAGACGGCAAAACAGCAGAAGUUAGAUUUAAUAUUCGCCAAUGAUUCGACUACGAAACAUAAUCUGUUGAACGAAUUAUUUCAUCAGAACGGUGUGGUGGCGGUCGAGCUGACAGACAGUGACGAGGAGAAAGACGUUGUGGGCGAGUGUCUACGGAUGAAACCGAUCUCGAAGAUACGUAGUUCGAGUAUAUUACACAGUGUCGAAGAUCUAUCGACCGAUUCUACGUGCGUUUACAAGGCAAGGUCGUCGUUAAAGUCGCUGAAGUCGUCGGUCACGGCGGUAUGUCCAGUUCCUCAGAACGAGUCACAACUGCCAAAGGAAAAGAAGACAGUGAUGCAAAGGAUAGCGCAAUACAUCGAUCUGUCUCUAUUGAAAAAUCCUCAAUUCAUGAUGAUGUGUUUAUCCGUUAGUCUUAUGUCAACCGGAAGUCCGUAUAUGCUGUACUAUCUUCCGGCAUACGUACACGCUGCUGGUUAUACGAAAUCAGAAGCUGGAUACCUGGUUGCUAUUUCCGCCGCGCUUGAUUUAUGCGGAAGAUUAGGACUUGGAUGGCUUUCGGAUUUGAAACUUUUUGAUCGACGGAAAGGAUACAUUGGAAGUGUCGUGGGUGCUGGUGUAGCUGUACUGGCAAUUCCAAUGGCCCAUUCUUUCUACGUGUUAGCAUGUUCUGUAGGCAUGUAUGGACUAUGCUUAGGCUGUUGGUUCCUCUUGGUUCCCGUCCUUCUCGCAGACCAAUACGGAACUGAUAAAAUAUCCUCUACUUAUGGUCUUGUCAGGAUGUUCCAGAGCGUCGGAGCAAUUUCUAUUCCGCCUUUAGCAGGUUACCUGCGCGAUGUAACAGGAAGUUACUCCGUAUGUUUUCUAUGCAUGGGUACGUGCAUGGUCAUGGGAGGUCUACCUUUACUCCUGGUUUUUAACGAAGUAUCGGAAUCAUCGAAGAUAACUGUUAAUAAUGAGAACAGUAACUGUCAAGGAGAGGUGGUUGCAAAAGAAUAAAAAUAUUUUGCGAAUGUGAUUGAAUGUGUAUUAGAAAUCUAAUAAAUCACAACAUUUGUCGCUACAAUUAUUCUACUAUGAUGUAUUGCUUCGUUCAGUGUAUUCGAAACGUUUACAUAAAAUACCUCGUUCGCGGCAGAAAAUGAAGAAUUGCGGCAGGUCCUACGAUGAAAGAAACAAUCUCUUAGUAGGAAAUACAUAUUUUUCAUACAAACAGAUGUAAUUAAACACAGUGAUCUUUAAUAAAAAUUGUAUUCUUUUCA